AUGCACUUCGUGGUCGAGACCAACUACAAAGGUAAAGAUGACAAGUUCUACAAUCUUGAGACCAUCUGGCUCCUUAUUGAGAACAAAGAGCUAUCGCAUCCCAGGUACCUUAUGGAAUCUAAGAAGAAAAAUAUUCCCGUAGUUACCCUCCAAGAUAAGAAGCCGCUUCUGACAUAUAUGAGCUCGUUGAGCGAAACAAGCUCAAGUAUUGACGAGACCCAUUUCGGAGGCAUUGUACAGCAACGGUCGGCCGAUGAAAUACAGCAGCUUCGUGCACAAGAUGGCUCGCAGAAGAGCCGAAGUUCGGUACCUUCUGGCGACACACGGGACACGCCUAGCGCCAAAGCGGACGAUGAUAAGCGAAGACACUUGCAGCGAGACUCUAUCACAGGGGCCGAGUUGGGUAAGGAUGGCAAGCCUAAGCAAUUCACGGCGCUGUCAGAGAAGCUGGGCACGGAUAAACUGAGUCAGCUAAGAGAGCGACGGUUGGCCAAUAAGAGGCAAUCCAAAAUGGACGGUGGCGUGGAAGUCAAGGAUGCGCACCAGUCCACCAUAGCCGCAGGUCCGGAAAUGAGUACUUCUAAGCCAAUUAACAGCGGAGAGAGGUGUUUACGCACUCGAGAUACGGUACAAAUUGCCAAACGGAAGAGAUUUGACAACAUCGAACAAAUUUUAGUUGCCACUUAUAACAAGGAGAAAGCAGCAAAGCUCGCCAAAGAAAAGCAUGAGCGAGAGAAGAACAGUGCUGGAUAUACUGAUCGCACGGGCAAGAGAACCUUGGCCUACAAUCGGUACGAAGUACAGAAGGAGAAAAGGUUCUGGGAAGACAAGGGUGUGCGUGCAGGUGACUUCGACCUGGAUACCACGGGUGGGUUUUUGUCCAAUAAACGAGUCAAGCUGGACUCGUCACACGCCUCCAGGCAUGAGGCGAAUGGUGGACCCGCAGAGAAGGCGUCGCACGGGUCUGUGAUGACGGAGAAGCAGAAACGAGACGCGCACAUACCAAUCAUUAUCGUCCCAAACGCUCCGUCGUUCCACAUGAGUAUAUGGAAUGCCGCGGAUUUCCUGGAGAAUGCCGUGUUUGAGAGCAGUGCCAAAAGGAAGAUGGAAGCUAAGGGCAAGCAUCCCCCAUCCGUACAAAUCAGAAGGAAAAUCGGUGACAGAAGAGUCGUCUACCACGUGUACGACAAAACCUCUGACUUCACGAAAUAUGAAUGGCAACGGGUCGUUGCCGUGUUCGUUCAAGGUCAGAAAUGGCAGUUUAAAAAUUGGCCGUGGACCGAUCCUACAGACGUAUUCCGUAAUAUUUUAGGCGUCUACCUACGUUUGGAUGAUGCGCAAUUGAAAGAUCCUCUUCAAGAUUGGGCUGUUUCGGUAUUGAAUGUGUAUACCAAAAAGAGAUGGUCUGACAACUCUGCUGCGAAAAUUUUCUGGCAAGAUCUGGACAAAUUUGUGGAGAACCCUCAUUUUUCUUCACUAGUAACGAGCUAGGAAUUGUGGAAUAUAUUAGAAGACGCAAAGUUGGGGCAGAACAUCAUCAACCUUACCUUCAAUGCUUAAAGUUGACAUGUCUACUAAAUACAAUGAAUACCGAGUGAGUUCCACGCC